AUGUCGACGAAAACGGCGGGACCGUCAUCGCCGCGACGAUUUUUCGCUCGAAUUUACGGGCAUCUUGAAGCGAACAAAGUCGAGGGAAACGGUAAUGAUGAUCAGGAAAGAUCGAAUGCCGAUCGAUCGCCGGAUAUCGAUCAUUGCGGUAGAAAUGCUUCGGACGCCGAAGUUUCCAGUUGUUCACCGAGCAACGAUAUAAUACAGGUGUCGGAUGUAACGGACACGCUUUCGGGGCAAACGGAAGAACAGAAUACCAGCGAAUCGAACGUGCUAACGAACACUGAAAGGGAAAAGGAUGCCACUUUAAGGUUGCCAUUUCUCCACGGGCUGUUGCCUAGAGUACCCAGUCUUCCUCUGACGCAUUUACACCUGACGCAGGUGACAUACCCGCCAACGCAUUCGUCGCAUUUUCAUAACCUGCCGUACCAUCAGACACCGGAUCACUACCUGCAAGGAUUCUCAGCAUUCUUGGCUCGUAGGAGAAGAAAAGAAGGCCGACCACGGAGGCAGAGAACCACUUUCAGCGGUGAUCAGACAUUGAGACUCGAGGUGGAGUACCGAAGAGGUGAAUACAUUUCGAGGCGAAGAAGAUUCGAGCUCGCGACAUCGUUGCGUCUCACGGAAACGCAGAUCAAGAUAUGGUUUCAGAAUCGACGCGCCAAAGACAAAAGGAUCGAGAAGGCACAGCUCGAUCAACAUUACCGGAAUUUCGCGGUUUCCAACGGACUGGUGAACGUGCCGAUUUACGGUAGAAAUGGAUUUUGUGAGUUUUGCUUCUACAAAGAGACAUUUCGAUCAGCGAUCGAUCACUCUUGCGUUUCAAUGAAUCCUGUCGCUGGAACAACCUUGGCGAAACAAGCGCAAUGUAACAGUAUCGUCAGCGAAACUUCGGAUAAUAUAUCGUCGAACACAUUGUCUGUAACUUGA